CUCUGGCGUUGACCAGAUGACAAGGACAUGUGGUUACUUGAGGGAGGCAUUGCGCUGCCAAGGGCGAAAUGUUCGCAGCUAAAGGGGUUUGAAAACAACAACAGCAUCAAAAACUGCAACACCAUUUGAUUAUUGUCACCCAAGAAAGGUCAUAGGUUUAAUUUUUCUUCGAAAUAAUGAAAAAAUUGAGCUAAAUCUUUUACAGAAGAGUAUUUUUGUUGUUGAAAUGUGCCAAUUUUACUUUUCUUCUUUUUUUUUUCUCUUAUCCUUCCCCAGAUUGUCAUUGACCUGAUUUGUCCAUAUGCAAAGAGCUGGUUAUACCAGAGGCAAUGGAGCUGGACCCGCCACACAGCAUUGAGGUUAUCACGGUGACCACCACAUCCAACCCAGGCAGUUCAGGCAGGAGCGUCAUCCCUCUACAGAUUGAGCUGGAGAAGUUCCCUACGCAGCAAGAAAUUGAAGGUCAUGACAAUAAAAUGCGCCGGCCGGUUCGGCCAAUUGACCGACAGCGAAUGCGACCAUGGCUGAUGGAACUCUUGGACCUUAACAAUGUGUUUGGCUUGAGAUGGACCAAUCGUCAUCAAGGAAUUUUUCAGAUUUCAUGGCGCCAUGCUUCAAGACUUGGUUGGAACCUAGAAACUGAUGGUGAUGUUUUUGAAAGAUGGGCAAGGCAUACAGGGAUCUAUAAAGAAGGAGAUCCACCAGAACCAAAGCGCUGGAAAGCCAACUUUAGAUGUGCUCUACACAGUUUGAAUGAUGUUGUUGAGCUGACCAAUGCUGUUGAACGCAGAGGCCGGAAUGCUUGCAGGACGUACAGGUUUCUGCAGAGUGGUGAUGACCAGGUGUUGGGACGGAAAAGAGCAAAGGCAAAAAAAGCUAGAGAGGCCAAGCUGUCGGCCUAUGAGAGAAGCCUGAGAGAGCCAGUGAGGCAGGUUGUAGUGGAGUCUGCAUCCAGUGAAGAGCUGCUGUCUGAGGGAGAGGCUGAGGAGACCACACAGGACAAGGUCAUAGUUCAGAAAGUUGACACCAAAUGUGAGAUUGCUGGAGAGGAAUAUGGGCUGCAUCAUGAUCAUGACUACUCUGCUGGUCCAGAUAAGACAGUUUCAGAGAAGACUAUUGUGGUCCGUCAAGGGGUUGGCUCUAUUGUGCUUCAAAAGGAGAUUGUGAGUGCUCCCGAACCUGAUAACUCCACCAAAAACCUGUUCAUCUCCAACCUGGACCAGCUGGCUUCAGCUGCGAUGAGUUCUGCCGGUCUCGAGGCAGGCACUGUACAUGAAGUCGAGGUGUCCAGCUCCAACAGGAAAGUGAGGCAGCAGAAAGCAAGGAAACAUCGUGUAGAGUCGGAGGACCUGUCCAAAAAGUCUGAUUUCAGCCUGAAGCGGCUGUUGACAGGGGGCAAAGGACGGGAGGAGGGCCAAGGCAGUGAGCAUGGGCCAGUGACGCGAAAAAGAAAAGCUUCCACGUCAUUUGAAAUGAACUCGGAGGAACGCAGUGAACAGUUUCAAGUGCGUGCUGCUAAGAAUAGGCGCCGCAAGUUGUCUGAGCCUACUUCUCCGGCAAAGAGUAGCCGCAGUGAAGCAGUCAAAGCAAGUGGUCUUAGUCCCCCCUCUCCUCGCAUGACACGUCAGAGGAGUGAACGGAGCAGCUCUCCUAAAAUCCGGGGUCGUAAAACGCGAAGAGGGAAAAAGGAGGAAGAUGAGAAGUCUGAAUCUACAGAGCCUCUGAUGUCAUCGUGUUUGCUUUUACUGGAAGCAGCGACUAGGCUGGACAAUGCAGAGAAGGGCAGCAACUCUUCAUUGCGUUCCUCUGGUUCGGGAGAGACUAACAUUAGUCUCAGUAAUAUGGAAGUUUGUGAGGAGAGUGUGGUGGAGACCACUGUGGAGUCAGAGGUCCCACUCUCUGACCAUAAUGUUGCUCAAGAGGUAGACAUCACAGACAUAAAGUUAGAGCCUACUGAAGUUGAGAAGUCUGGUGAUGAAACAAAAGAUGAAACUGAUGAUGCAGGCUUAACUGAGGCUCCUCAUUCAAGUUCUCCUGGGAUUUUGAGAAGCACUCUGGAAACUAUUGGCACGGAACUUAAAGCAGAUGAUAUGAGACCUCGUACAAGAAGUGGAAAAAGUUUUCUGGACAGUUAUUCCAUGAGCGUAUCUGAAGGAAAAAUAGUUGUUGUGAAGGAUUCAGAGGCUAAGGGAUUGUUUAGCGGCUCAAGCAUUCAAUCGGAGCCGAAUGUCUCCAGUGAAUAUAAGAGAAGAGGCAGAGGUCGGGGUCGAGGGAGGUCAUCCCGUGGUAAAUAUUUUGUGGACAUCCGGACUAACAGCGGCCCAGCCUUGACAUUGAUGAAUAAUGGUGAUGAGCGCAAUCCAGAUGAGGUCACUAUGGAGUCUGUCACAACUGAUGGAGACGUUGGGAAAACAGAAUAUCUGGAAGAAAUGGAGGUGCCUCAAGUGGCAAAUUUUGCCACAGUCAAGUCUAACAGUGGUGUCCAACAGACGGUGAUCCAACGCGCUCUGCCAGUGCUCAGUGCACCUGUCCAGAAGUCUGGCAGCUCUGCGACAGAGUUUUCUGCUCCUGUUGUUAUUGCGCAUAAAGUGAGCGGCUUAGCAGGGACUCCUCAGAUUCUUAUGACCUCCACGGCAGUCAACCCCCAGCCCUCUGGUCGACCUGUAGUGGCGUCGCAGAAGCUCGUAGCAGCGGUGGCCAACAAGACACAGUCUACUCUCUUACCAGCACAGCUGCUGAGCAAAGGGUUGAAGAACCAAUCAUUGAUGCCUGGGAGCACUCUACCGUCUGUGACGAAACUUGCUGGUAGUCAGACAGUCGGGUCUGUUCUCCCCGUGGCCCUGGGCAGUUCGAUGCAUGUCACAUCCGCCCCUUCUCCCACUUCUCCUAUAAUAGCAAACAUCAGUGCAGUGUCUAUGAGUCCAGGGUCUGGCGAGAACCCCCAGCUGCUGUCUCUUCCUUCAUCCUCCAUUUCUAGCUUGAUGAACAUCAAAGCAGCAGCCACCGUGGGGCCUCGGACUAUCAUCUUGACCAGACCUCCAAAGACGUCGGUCGUGACGACCUCAGCAGCAGUCACAACCACAGCGACAGCUGCUGCCCAGAAAAAAGAAGUUGCGACGCUAGAACAAGGCAAAGAGGUCCAGAAUGAGGUGAAGCUCCAUGUGUUGCCUGUCAAGCCUACAACGCAGCUCCCAAACCACUCCCAUCCGUCUGUUCAAGCAGAGAAUGCUCUCAUAUCGCAGCUUCAGGCUCAUGUCACAUCUGCCAUUCAGCGUGAGAGUGAGAAUCCGGCUCAGGGUGUCUCUGGCCAGACAACGCCAACACAAGCUGUCAAUGUUACAGCGCAGAUAAUUUUUGACCCUAUCAAAGGACCAAUGCUGAAGUUCCCCAUUGGGCCUCCUCUGCCGCUUCAUUCCAGCAUCUUUCAGCCACAGAAUUUCGCCAGUCAGGCUCAAGCCACUUCUAGAACAGCCACGGGGGGUGCUGAUAGCACUGUUGUGAGCUCCCCCGCUCUGAACUCAUCAACAACGCUGGUAAACUGUGCAGACAGGAAACCCACUGUCCCUGUUGUUCUGGGAACUAAAGUGUUUGUUGACAAUCCUUCGUCUCCCCCAAACAGUGAGGCAGGGAGCAGCAGCAGCAGCACAGCCACUCCCACUUCAGUGUCUCUUCUGAGAUCUCAAGUGGAGACCUCGAAAAACUCGACUGUAGAAAGUAAGCCUGAUGCUGUGACUACUUUGUCCAUAACUAAGAGUGCACCUAUCUCCAGCUCUGGAGAGUCCCAUGUACAACAAGGAACAGUGAGCAUUUUACCUUUUGGCAAAAUGACAAGCAAGUUUUACCCUUUGAAAGCUUUGCAGAAUCCUGUGUCUCUUCUCCACAAACACCAACAGGGAGCUGCGGGAGCGAAUUCCUCUAUUGUCAUGGACUUUCAGCAAGCCCUGUUGGCCCACCGCUUGGCUAUGCCAGACGGUUCUGAAGCAACAGUUGCGGAGACAGUGCUCAGUGCGGGCAGCUACUCAUCGGUUUGCCAGGAGGACUCUGGUGAGGUCAAGCCACUAGCGGAAUUGUGCAAAAGCUUACUGGCUCAAUUUUUCAAAUCUCUGGAUAAUCAAACAUCGGAGUCUGAAGCUAGUGGUUCGUCUUUCAGCUCUCCCUGUGUGGAUGUGAAACAAGAUCCCGCUGUUGUCCAGAAGCAACAAGAAUCUCAGCAGGAACCCGUCCUUUCAGAUCUCAAGGGAGUUAACUGCACUGAAUCUGCUCAGGUAAGCAGACUGGGAUCUACUGUGGCAUCAAAUCUGAAGGAGGAAGUUGAACUGACUUUGACUGACAACAACGAGUGUAUCAUGGCAUCAUCCAGCGCCAUUGCUGGUCCUGCUGACUCGGAGGCUUGUAGUCAACAGGAUAGUGUGAUGACUGAAGUUGGAGAUGAGGAGUCGAAGAGGAUAAAAUACGAUUCUAAUAUUGUGAUGGACCCCACAGCUCCCCUGUCCUUGGGGGAAGUUCCUUUGUUCGCUAGUGGCAAAGGAGAUUCAGACUCCAUGAGCCCGACCAGUGAUGGUGGAACGUAGCAAGAUUUGUGUGUUUGUGAUGACCUGCUUUGAUGAGCUUUUUUUGUGGCUCUUAAUGAUAUGUACACUAGUUCAUAGAUGUGUAGUGGCGUCAGUAGUCUAGUGGUUAGGCUACCGGACUUAUAAUUGUGAGGUUGCAGAUUCGGGAGUUCGAGCCUAAGGCCCGAUGUACAGUUGUGUCCUUUACACGCAUUUUCCUCACUUCACCCAGGUGUGAAUGGUUACCUGGCCAUAAACAGCGAAAGAUCUUGUCAGUACGCCUAUAAAACGGCAGUUUACACUUUAUGCUUCCCAGGAAGUUGAGAUUGUUUCAGAUGCCAUCUGGUCUGCAGGGGUAUGAUAUAGAUUGUAAAGCACAUAGAGAGCGUACUGUUGAGCUAUUUGCGCAAAAAAUUGCUAUCUUUUACUAUUAGUACUGUUGUUGUUCCCUCAAAGAUACUGGAAUAAUGGAAAAUGUUUUUUGUUUUUCUUCUGUUUCUCGAGUAUUCUUGGGUAAUGAAGACUCAGUGUUAUUUAUAGAGAUCACAGUUUAUAUCUUGAUGUGCUUUUAAUGCUGUUAUGUGUUGUUUCCUUUGCAUAUGCUCUCCUGCCCAUGAUUCUUUUGUUUAAUGACCUGCUCAAGAGACUGAGAGCAUCAGCUUUCACUGUCAUUUUCUCCAUUUCCUUACAAGCUCUCAAGACACAACUAAUUGUAAAUCAGAACUGGUCUGUUUUCCUUUACAGUAAUACAUGUAUAUGUCAUAAAUUGUUUAGAUCUAUAGGUAUCUCUUGUUCUUGUAAUCUGUAAGAUAAUAAAGGGGGCCUGAGAUGAAGAAUUAUCACUGUUUUACCCAAUUUUGAGAAGCACAGUUGCUUUAUAGUGAACAUUUGUGCUCCCUAAAAAAUAAAUAAGGCUUGAAAUGAAAAAAAUUAUUAACCUUCAGCCCAAUUCAGUGAAGUUAAGUUUAUUUCUAAUGAAUACUACUGAAAAUAUAUCGGUUGCUUCAUGUGUCAGUAUGAAAUCCAGUGGCAUCUCUAGCUUAGCUUCAUGCACAUUUAUUCAAAAGAAAGCUGCCCGGCUGCCGGACAAAAAGUUAUUACACCCCAACCCUAUGUGCAUGUAAAUAAUAUGGUUUCCUCAUACAGCUGAUUUUUACCUCCUUUUUCCACUAUGGGUUAUUGGACAGCAAGCAACAGUAGCAUUGCUACUCCUGUUUCCAAUCUAGCUUCUUUUUGUAACCGCAUUGCUUCUGUGCUCAUCUUAAAUUAUAUUAUCAAAGCCUCACUGCCGACAGUGUGUUUGGUAAUUGCUCUUUUUUAAGUCGCAGGUUUUUUUUAUGACAACACUCUGAAUUCCAGGCAAAGCUAGACUCUAUUUUCCACUUGUGCAACGCGUCAGCUAGGUAAGAUAAGUUCGAUUAUGAUAUUGGACUAUUUCCUGUUGUUUUCUUUUUGCAAGAUCGAGUAUAAAAGUUAAUAAAGUUAGGAAGGUUAAAAAAGCUCUUACAAAACCCAGAAGGCCCUAUCUUAAGAGGUUAGCUAUUCACACAUGUCAAACUUGUCAAAAUAAAAAAAUGGGUCAGAUGAUAAGUAUGAGGUAUUGAAAAAUUUCAUCUUUGUACUAUGUAAUGCCUCUCCUUUUUUUUUUCAUGUCAGUUUUGUUUGACUCAUGUUCAGAAUAUCGACACUUUCAUUUGAUAAUUGUUUAACACUUACAGCUGAAGCCAUGGGAGAACUAAAGAUGUUAAAAAAAACCUUCACAGCUCAAGAAACGCGCUAAAAAAAUUUGAAGCGUUACUUCAACGAAAGUCGCCAGCAGUACUGAACUGAAAUUACAGGCCGGUGACUAAAGUUGCCAUCGGUACUGUAGGUUUUUAAUUAAGUCAUUUUUUGGCGUUUUGAGGAAACACCAACUGUUGCAUUCACAAAACAAUCUUAGCACAUAGUUUUUUCUGAAUAUUUUUUUAGUUUUAUUAAAAUUCAAAGCCUAAA